GUCCCUAUUAACUAUAAAUACACCACUGCAAGUUCUAUAAGUACAGUUUUGUUGUUUUGCAUUUCCUUCAGGCUUUAGGUGUGUAGAAGGUGAAGAGCAAAAAAUAAGUAGAAGCAAGAGGUAGUGAGGAAAGCAUUAAUCGGGCAACGAUGAAGGCUGGCAGUGGUGGUGGGUUUGGAGAAGUUUGCAGAAAGUUCAAGCCACACCUGUUGAUGAUUCUGACACAGAUUUUAUAUACUUUCCUUUAUUUCAUCACUGAGGCUUCCUUCAACCAUGGCAUGAAUCCGAAUGUCUAUGUAACGUACCGUCACGUCGUGGCUGCUGUGGUCAUGUUCCCCUUUGCAUAUUUCCUUGAAAGAAAGCAAAGGCCUAAACUGACUCUAGCCCUCUUCCUGGAGAUCUUCCUUCUGUCUCUAGUCGGGGUGGGUUUUGCCUUGAACAUGUACUUUCUGAGCCUGAAAUACACAUCUCCAACUUUCGUUGCUUCAAUGGUGAAUACUGUAGCUUCUAUCACAUUUGUUGCUGCAGUUGUGCUAAGGUUGGAGGCACUUGAUAUUCGAAAUCCUCGAGGAAUAGCCAAAGUUGCAGGGACCUUGGUUUCUUUGUCCGGUGUAAUGACCAUGACACUGUACAGAGGUCCCAUAAUCGAACAGCUGUGGAAUCCUCUGGUUCAGAUACAAGGGAAGGCGAGCAACAAUCACGAAAGCUGGGUCAAGGGUUCAGUUCUCACUGUGGCGAGCUGCAUUUUAUGGUCGUUUUGGUACAUUAUGCAGGCACUAACACUCAAGAGAUAUCCUGCUCAGCUGUCCCUCACAGCUUGGAUGAGUGCAUUGGGCGCUGCGCAGUCAGCAGUCUUCACAGCCAUUAUAGAACAUAACAAGUCUGCUUGGGCGAUUGGUUUCAAUGUUGAUCUAUGGUCUACCAUCUAUGGUGGAGUGGUAGUGUCAGGAUUGGUGGUAUUCAUUCAGCUGUGGUGCACAGAAGAGAAAGGGCCCGUCUUUGUUACCACCUUCAACCCUCUUUCAGCGAUUCUGGUGGCGAUUCUAGCUUACUUCAUCAUGGGGGAAGAGCUCCACCUGGGAAGCAUAAUAGGUGCCGUGGUUGUGAUAGUUGGCUUAUAUUUGCUGCUUUGGGGGAAAGAAGGUGAUCAAGAAGCUCGGACCAAAGCACAGAGUGUUUCAGGUAAUGGUGAGCAGCACAAGGAAGCCAGUAUACAGAUAAUUACUUCUGGGGAAUCUUAGUUGUCGCGUGGGGAUUCUUAAUAACUCAUCCUGUAUUUAAAGAAUGAGCUAGAAAAUCUAUAUAGGGGUUUACUGACAAGUUCCAGAGCACAAGACUUCUGGGACAAUCGGAAGUUUCUUAAAUCUCUGAGUCCUGCGAGUUGUGCUUAAACUUUUUAUGGUGUUCUCUCUUCUUUUACUAUGAAGAGAGAAAUAAUGUGAUAAAAUUUUCUUUUUAGGGAAAUAAGUUUAUUUUUUGUUAGUACCACGAAGUCAACGUGUAAUUUAUUAAGUGCUAUAAGAAGUUACUACAUACAUCAGAUUGAUCGAAAGACAAUAGGAGAAUGAUGCUUAUUCGACU